AUGUGGUCUAAUAACAGCUUAUCUCCCUUCCUUCUGACUGGAUUCCCAGGCCUGGAGUCAGUACAUCACUGGAUCUCCAUCCCUGUCUUUGUCGUGUACUUUUCUGUGAUUCUUGGCAAUGGCACACUGCUGUUUCUCAUCAAGGAGGACAACAAUCUCCAUGAGCCCAUGUACUACUUCCUGGCCAUGCUGGCAGGCACAGACCUUCUGGUGACCCUUAACACAAUGCCCACAGUGCUGAGGGUCCUGUGGUUGGAUGAGAGGGAGAUUGGCCAUGGCAUCUGCUUCUCCCAGGCCUACUUCAUCCAUUCACUCUCUUUUGUGGAGUCGGGAGUCUUGCUUGCCAUGGCCUAUGACCGCUUCAUUGCCAUCCGCAACCCCCUAAGAUAUAGAUCUAUCCUUACUAAUUCCAGAGUGGUGAAAAUUGGGGUUGGAGCAUUUCUGAGAGGCUUCAUCUCUGUGGUACCCCCAAUUGUCCCACUACAUUUUUUCCCUUACUGCCAUUCCCAUGUCCUCUCUCAUGCUUUCUGCCUUCAUCAGGAUGUCAUCAAAUUGGCCUGUGCAGAUGUCACUUUCAAUCGCAUUUAUCCUAUGGUUCUGGUUUCAUUUAUCUUUUUUGGGGAUUCUCUGAUCAUUCUUUUCUCCUAUUUGCUAAUUUUGAAAACAGUUAUGAGCAUUGCCUCUGGAGAGGAACGGAACAAAGCCCUGAACACCUGCAUCUCUCACAUUUGCUGUGUCUUGGUUUUCUAUGUCACAGUGAUUGGUCUGUCCCUCAUCCACAGAUUUGGGAAACAUGCCCCCCAUGUGGUCCACAUCACUAUGAGUUACAUCUAUUUUCUUUUCCCCCCAUUCAUGAACCCAAUCAUCUAUAGUAUUAAGACCAAACAGAUCAGGAAUGGCAUCCUCCGCAAGUUCUCUCUGCACAGAUUCAGGGCUUAG